CGAGAAGACACGGGGAGCAGGAGGAGGGGCGGAGCUAGUGGGAGCCAUUGUAGUCCGAAGAGCGAGAAGGAGGAAAAGCUGGUGAAGCUACCCCACAGGAACCCUUCGUUACAGCCAGGUCUUACAUGUUUUAUGGUCACAAGUUCGAUAUUCACAAGGCAAAAUGAGACUGAGGUCUCAAAAAACCAUUAGAGAGUCUCCGUUAACUCCGAAGAGCGGCGGCCGACGGUCAGGCAGAGCUACGCCGCGAGGAGCACGGCUGGCGCGGACCGAGAGCCCGCUGCAAACAAAGGAUAAAGAAACCUUGGAUGUAGGCUCUGCCCCCUCAGACGAUGACGUUCCAAAGAUGUCAAGGCGACCUCUGGCUCGGGGCCGGCUGAGGAAGAGAGCCAUUGCUGUUGAUGAUGGAGAGACAGAUUUAGCUUUCAAGACUCCAACCAGACCCACCAUGCGCCAUCAGCGGGUUUUGGUGGAGAUCGACCCAGCAUCUCCUCGUAACAUCACAGCCAGAAACAUCUACUCGCCCAUCGUACGCUUUCUCACACCCAGCAAAGAGAACAUGAAGGGUUCAGGGACUGGGAAAGAUGUGUUGAUGAGUCCGGAGCAGUGUGUGUUUGGCUACGGCUCAAUGGACCUGCUGGCCGGAGAUGAGGACAGUGAUGACGUCUUCAGCCCCUUUACCUUCAUCAAAAACAUACCGUCCCGAUCCGAGCAGUCCAGACCAUGUCACAGAGACAUUCCCCCCAAGACCAGGAGCACCCCAGAGGCUACACUGGUUUUAGACCUGGAUGAGACCCUCAUGUUCAGCUCUCUGAAUGUCAUUGAAGAUGCACAGUACACCUUCCACACAGCUUUCCAGGACCAUCUGUACAAGGUCUACGUGAUCUUACGACCAUACGUGAAGGAGUUUCUGCAGUCCAUGGCAAAAACUUAUGAGAUGUUUAUUUAUACAUCUGCAAAGAAGGACUAUGCUGAGAAGAUACUGGACAUUCUGGACCCACAGAGAAAACUGUUUCGGCAUCGUCUGUAUCAGGAAGACUGCUCCUGUGUCCUCGGCCACUACAUCAAGGACCUGGGCGUCCUGGCAAGAGACCUCGCCAAGACAGUGGUGCUGGACAAUGCACCCCACACCUACCCAUACCAUCUGAUGAACACGAUUCCCAUCAAGAGCUGGUCUGGGGAGCCGGAGGACCGAGAGCUCCAGAAGCUCAUUCCCUACCUGGAGAAACUGUCUGCAGCUGAGGAUUUUCGGGAGUUACUGAAGAGGAGGAAGGAUCAUUUUCACAGACUUCUGUCAGAGGACUGAACAGUCUCUGAUUUUGCUCCUUUUCUGUUGGACUGUCACAAAUCAUAUGAACUCAUAGUGCUUUGGCUAAAAGCAGAAUCCAGCUUGACUUUGCUAACUUUGAAGGCAGUUGCUUAGUGGCAUAGCCAGGCAGCCUUUUGUCUCUUCCCUAAUGACUUUUAAGGAUGGCUAAGUGUCGUGGCAUUUCAAACAUGCAGCUGGUAAUUUGUCACCAAAAGCCGUUUCCCCAUGCCUCUUUCCACAGAGCAAUAAACUCCUCACAAGUGUAUAUGUUAUUAUAAAACAAAACUUGAAAUAUGGUGUAUAAAUUAAAUCGUUUUUAUUUAUUAAAAUGGCCAAUCAGAGGCUGUUAACCUGUAUAUAUUUCAAAUAUUUUUUUUUCUUUUUGGCAAAUAAUUAUGCUGUAUAUGAAUGAAAAGUGAAACAAUUGAUCUUUUUAAGGCAUACUGACUAAUUUCCUUAUGUCAAAUAUAUAAUCUAUUUCAAUACCUUG